AAUAUUUGGAAUAUCGAGAUAAUUCAUAUUUGUCGUUUGCGAUAAUACACUCGGCUUUUCGGCUUUCCUUUAAUACGUGAAUGCUUUGCUUAUUGCUAUAAUGAGAAUAUAGUUAUAAAGCUGACUUGAAAAUUAUUCAAGUUCUUUUAAAGGAUAUAUUUAGUUGAAAUUUUUAACCAAAAUGAAGACAAGAUUUAAUACUUACGAUAUUGUGUGUAUGGUGUCGGAACUGCAAAGACUGGUGGGUAUGCGAGUUAACCAGGUGUAUGAUAUUGAUAACAAGACAUAUGUGAUCCGACUGCAGAGGUCUGAAGAGAAGGCUGUGCUGCUGCUGGAGUCAGGGAACAGGUUCCACACAACACAGUUUGAAUGGCCCAAGAAUGUAGCUCCAUCUGGGUUUACUAUGAAGCUUAGGAAACAUCUUAAGAACAAGCGUCUCGAGAAGCUGAGCCAGCUGGGCAUUGACAGGAUAGUUGAGCUACAGUUCGGUAGCGGCGAGGCCGCGUAUCAUGUUAUACUGGAAUUAUAUGACCGCGGUAACAUAGUUCUCACAGACUGCGAGUGGACGAUACUGAAUGUACUACGUCCGCACGUCGAAGGUGAUAAAGUAAGGUUUGCAGUCAAAGAAAAGUAUCCUCUUGACAGAGCCAAAACAGACUAUGCAGCACCAAAUGAAGGUGCUCUCAAGGAGAUAUUAGGAAAGAGCAAACCUGGUGAUAACCUCAAGAAAAUACUUAAUCCUAAUUUAGAAUAUGGUGCAUCAAUAAUAGACCAUGUCCUGCUGCAAAAUGGUCUGUCUGGUAAUUUAAAGAUAUCACAGGAUCCUAACAAAGGAUUUUAUGUGGAAAGGGAUUUGGGAAUGCUAGCAAAUGCACUAAAACAAGCUGAGACAAUGAUUGAGAAUGGAAAGAAUCAAAUGGCUAAGGGUUAUAUAAUCCAAAAGAGAGAAGAUCGACCAAAUCAAGAUGGCGGCCCGGACUUCUUCCUCACCAACCAAGAGUUCCAUCCCCUGCUGUAUCUCCAGAACAAAGACCAGGUGUACGUGGAGUAUGAAACCUUUGACAGAGCCGUCGAUGAGUUCUAUUCAGCUCUGGAAGGACAGAAAAUUGAUCUUAAGACGAUUCAAGUUGAACGUGAAGCUAUGAAGAAGCUCCAGAACAUCCGCACCGAUCACGAGAAGAGGCUCAGCAACUUGGAGAAGGUUCAGCUUGAGGACAGGAGGGCGGCGGAGAUGAUAGCUAGGAAUGAACCGCUCGUCGAACAAGCGCGGCUCGCCAUACAGACGGCCAUAGCUAACCAGAUGAGUUGGGAUGACAUCAAGCUGUUAGUGAAAGCGGCUCAAGACAACAAGGAUCCCGUGGCGUCAGCCAUAAAACAGCUGAAGCUGAACACCAACCACAUUACGUUGUUGCUCAAGGACCCGUAUGAUGAUGAUGAUGAUGAUGAUGAUGACGAUGAUGAUGACGAUGACGGCGGCGGGGACAAGGAGAGGCUGGAACCAAUGAUGGUUGAUAUCGAUCUGUCUCUGACUGCCUUCGCUAACGCUAGACGUUACUACGAUCAGAAACGCAGUGCUGCCAAGAAGCAGCAAAAGACGCUGGAGUCAGCGGACAAAGCUUUGAAGAGUGCUGAGAAGAAAACUAAACAGACGCUGAAGGAGGCUCAGGCCAUCAGCAGCAUCAGCAAGGCGAGGAGGAACUACUGGUUCGAGAAAUUCUACUGGUUCAUAUCAUCCGAUAACUACUUGGUGAUAGCCGGUCGUGACCAGCAGCAGAACGAGUUGCUAGUGAAGCGUUAUAUGCGGUCUACAGACGUGUACGUCCACGCGGACGUGUCCGGGGCUUCGUCGGUGGUGAUUAAAUGUCCCUCGGGGCCUCCGCCCCCACGAACGCUCAGUGAAGCGGGACAAGCGGCCGUCGCAUACAGUGUCGCAUGGGAAGCGAAAGUCCUGACUCGUGCGUGGUGGGUCCACGGACACCAGGUGUCCAAGUCAGCUCCGACAGGUGAAUAUCUGUCAACGGGCUCCUUCAUGAUCCGCGGCAAGAAGAACUACCUGCUGCCUGAACACCUGCAGUUCGGAUUCAGCUUUAUGUUCCGGCUUGAAGAUAGUUCCAUCGACCGUCACCGCGACGACCGGAAGGCUGUUCAAGCUGAUGAUGCCAGUGACGUCACAUCCGUCAUCAGCGCGGACGAACAGGAGAUUGUUGUGUCGGAUGACGACGAACCUUCAGAUAACGAGGAUAAGGAGAAAAAAUUAAAUACAAUAGCCGAAGAAGUAACGAAAAUAGAUCUAGAAGAUAAUACAGAAGAAAAACCUAAGGAGACAAAUGACAAAGAUUUGGGCCACAAAGAUUCAGAUGGUAACGAGAACGAAUUAAAAAUUAAAGAGGAUUUGAAAAAUGAAGACAGCGAGUCUGAUGACGAAACAGGAGUAUUACACACACACGUGAAGGUGGACCACGCUACGGGCGAGGUGUUCGUGGCCUCCAAGACACGGACCAUAUCCGAAAUGUCUGAUAAAAGCGAAGAACCCAUGACCUUCCCCAGUCUGCCCAAGAAGGGAGGCAAAAAACCCCAAAAGGAAGUUAAGAAGAGAGAAGAAGUUAAAGAGAAGCAAGGACCCAAACGAGGGCAGAAAGGAAAGCUGAAGAAGAUAAAAGAGAAAUACAAGGACCAGGACGAGGAAGAUCGCGCGCUCAUGAUGGAGAUACUCAAGCCGGAUAAAAGCGCCAAGGAGACGAAGAAAGCCCAGAAGCAGGUCAGCAAGAGUAAACAGAAGCAGGCCAUCAAGAAGAUACCACAACCGGCUCCCGUACUGCUGGAGGCGGAGUCAGACGACGAACCGGCCCCGGACAAUGAGCCCGAGGCGGAGCCCGCAGCGGACGCAGACGCGGAACUCCUGUGUCAGCUGACGGGAGCUCCGCUCGAUGAGGACGAACUGCUGUUCGCGGUGCCUGUGGUGGCGCCCUACUCCUCGUUACUCCAAUACAAGUUCAAAGUGAAGCUAACCCCUGGCAACAACAAGAAAGGUAAAGCUGCCAAGACAGCCGUCCAGGUGUUCCUCCGUGACAAAAACACCAGCUCCAGGGAGAAGGACCUGCUGAAGGCUGUCAAGGAGGAAAACAUCGCCAGGAACUUCCCCGGGAAAGUGAAGCUGUCCGCACCACAGCUACAUAAACAUAAGAAAUGAUAUUAGCCUAGGUCAAUGUGAAGGAACCUGUCCCCUUACUGCUUAAUACUGUUCUGUAUAUAAUGUUGACAGAUUGUGUCUGUUUAAUAAACACAUACAAAAUAAAAAAAAAUAUGAAAUAGGUAUUAAAAGUGGGAUACAAUAUUUUCAAAAAAUUAAAUUUUAAUAAAAAUACGUGCACAAUAAAGAAGCCGCCGCCGCCGCGUCGUCACGAAUCAUUCUGGCAACACCGCACUAGUUAUCUCGACUACAAUUUUCAUUUGUGAGAAUUUCUUAUUCAUUGUUACAGUAGCUCCGUUACUACACAUAUAUUAUAAUGGUAUAACUGUUGCCGUGUUUUUUAAUUGGAAAUAAAGAUUUUAAUGUAAAUAAA